AUGCUGCACAACAGCAAGGAGCAACGCGAAGAGGAAGCGGAGGAGGAAGAAGAAGAGGAAGAGGAAGAAACAGACGACGGCGACGGACACUCCAGAUUCGUCCAUUUGACGUCGCAGUGGGCCCUGGUGCUGGUCAAUGACUCGGUGGACAUCUUCCGAGCUGAGAGUUCCUGCAGAGGUCAGUUCAGCUCACUUUCCACCCUGGACCAGUUGGAGGUCCGGGAGGGGGCCUUGGACUUGCUGCGUCAGGCUCGACUCCAAUCGCCGGUCUGGAUCAACAGUACCUCCCAGGUGGCCUCCAAGCCCGUGCCCCUCUCCAAGCAAUAUGUACAGUUCUCGGCUCUGAACUUCCCCAAAGCGUCCAGAGAGGGUUUCGCCCGCGUCAACAGGUCCUUCCCGGCAUUAUCCUCCAUCAGCGUGUGCGUUCGUGUUCAGUGGGACCCGGACUGGAACGAAGUGUCCACCAUCUUCUCCUACGCGGCGCCGGUCUUCACCAACGAGUUCCAGCUGCGGGGCCAGAGGGACACGCAGGGUCGAAUCGUGCUGGCCCUCAUCGUCCACGGGAAGCACCUCCCUUACAAGGCGUCUUUCGCCAACGACGGGGCGUGGCAUCACGUCUGCGUCACCUGGAGCAGUAGCCUGUGGGCCAUCUACGUGGACGGGGAUCGAAAGGACUUGGGCUCGGGCGCGGACACUUCCAGGGAUAUCCACGCUGACGGGAUCCUCAUCUUGGGUCAGGACCAGGACUCGUUUGGAGGGAAUUUCACCGAGCCCUUUUUUGGGAAUAUCACCGAUUUGAAUGUUUGGAAUAGUUCUCUGGAAAGCCGCCAUGUUCGCGCUCUGAGUGGAUGCUCGGUUGUGAGUCAGGCCAUGCUCUUCAGCUGGAGCCUUGAUCACGUGAUCAGUCACCCGUCGGUGAAGGAAGUCCAGGCGCUGCUGUUUUGCCCAGCAAGGCACCAGCAGACGGAACUGCAAGGCUGCAGAACGCUGCAGACCCAAGCGGACCAACAACUGCUGAUAAGGCUGACCGACUGCUCGGAACCACUUCCCUUCAUCUGCAUGAGCAGCAAAGAACGAUACCUGAAGAUGAAGCAGAUCAGUGAUUCCCAGAGCGCUCAUCCUACUGCCUUUAUGAACCAUCUAAUGAAGCUGUCCAAUAACAGCCAGGCAGUGUUGGGGCAGCAGCCAUCAGGCCUGAGUAGCCUCGGCGAAGCAUCCGCCUUGUUGGACGUGUCCGUCCAGGCUCUGCGGGACACUAAGCAGGAAGGCCUGCAGCCAGAAGACAUGGUGUCCCUCAUCCAGUUGCUGUCGCUGGCCGCCGAUGUCACGCUGCAGCCGGCCGACGCCGCCAAUCACACCGAGGAGAACAUCCAGGAGCUGGGCCAGCACUUCAUCAGCGUGGCGGACAGCGUCAUCAGCCAGGACAAUGCCUUCAAGUGGCAGGCCAUCAAAGAGGUGGUAAACGGCCCCAUGGACGUGGUCAGGACUAUCGACAGAAUGGUGACCAGCUUGAGUCCUCGCUUGAUGGCAGAAAGCGAUCACCUGAUAUUCCAAAGUCCCAACAUCAAGUUGGCGGUGCAGCAGCAGAUGAUGUGGGAACCAUCCAAGGGAGCAAGUUUCUGUGGUCCUGAGACGGAGAAACACUCCAGUCCUGACUGCAUCUCGGUGCCACAUCAGAAGAUCCAGAAUCUCCAUAACAACGGGUUCCACAAACUCACCUUGGUCAACACGUGGUACGGUUCUCUGCGGCCUCUUUUCAAUCCUGAAGAAAACAUCAGCAUGGUGCCAACCGUCACCGAUGGAAGUCAGAGAUAUCUGGGUACUAUCCUGGGCUCUUCGGUCAUAUCCACCACUGUUCUGGGUGACGAUCAACCCGUCAGCACAGCGGUCCACUUUCAUCUCCAUCACAAAGUGCAGAAUCCUGCCGGGGCUGUGUACGACUCUGUGUGCGCCUUCUGGGACUUUACUCUCACUCCUGAGGCGGGCGGCUGGUGGAAUACCAAAGGGUGCAAGGUUGUUUCCAGACACUACGACCACACGGUGUGCUACUGCAACCACACCACCAACUUUGCAUUGCUACUGCAAGUCUAUGAAGCCCAGCCGAGUCCAGAAAACAAAAAAGCUCUGCAGGUGCUGACGUUCAUUGGCUGUGGAGUGUCUCUGUGUGGCCUCCUCUUCACCUUCAUCCUUUUCAUUGUCGUGGGGGUUCCCAAGUCGGAUCGCACCACCGUCCACAAGAACCUGAUUGUGGCUCUGGGAGCGGCGGAACUGUUGUUAAUGUGCAGUGACUGGGCGUCUGCCAAUGAGGCCGCAUGUUUUAUGGUGACUGCGUUGCUCCAUCUCUUCUUCAUGGCUUCUUUCUCCUGGAUGCUGGUUGAAGGCUUGCUGCUGUGGAGCAAAGUCGUGUCUGUCAAUAUCAGUGAGGACCGCAGAAUGAAACUCUACUAUGCCAUUGGCUGGGGCCUGCCCAUCCUGAUCGUGGCGGUCACGCUGGCGGCCAGCGCCAACCAGUACAAGGCCGACGCCCACUGCUGGCUCAACCUGAAGACGGGCACCAUCUGGUCUUUUGUCGGACCCGUCAUCUUUGUCUUGGCGGUCAACUCGGUGGUGUUGUGCCGGGUCGUCAUGGUGACCGUUUCCAGUGCCCGCCGCCGCGCCAAGAUGCUCAGUCCACGCUCAGCUUCGAAAAUGCAGACCUUUGACCUCACCUGGGCUGUGACUCGACCAGUUCUCAUCCUGCUGCCUGUCCUGGGUCUGACUUGGCUGUGUGGAGUCCUGGUCCACCUGUCUGUUGUCAUGGCGUACAUCUUCACCGCUCUCAAUGCCUUCCAGGGCUUGUAUAUUUUCCUGGUAUAUGCAGUUUACAACAGUGAGGUGAGGAACGCCAUCAAGAGGAUCAAAGAAAAGAGGAAGGCCUUAUCUUUCACAAACUGUUCCCAGCCGACCACCUUCACACCAUCUCAGAGAGCCCCGAUAAAAUCCUGGGACAUAAGUCCACCGGCCCCCUCCAGCCCUGAGACCAGUGAAACCUCCGGACCCCCCAGUUCCAUCUCAACUUCUCUGGUGAUCAAGAACGAGAGUUUCAGAAAAGAGAGCUUUGUGGGUUUCGCAUUCAAACCGGCCUUAGGAAACCAAGUGGUGCAGCUCACAGCAUUUAAACAAUCAGGCUGCUGAACCGCAGGAUGGAGUCCAUGCUGGCGCCCCGGCAUCGCAGCAAGUACUCGCAUCGCAACAAGUACAUACCGAAGGUGGAAACCCCAAACGAACCCAGAACCUUUGCCUCCACUGUCAUGAGAGUGAUGAAUAUUAAAAAUAAUAACUCUCUUUUUAUCCCACUGUUAUUGCUGGGGUGUCCAAAGUGUGGACAUUUUAUCUCAUUAGAGUCAACAGCAAAAUUCGUUGAUAUAAAUGUAUAAAUCAUCAUCAUCAGCCGUUGUCAGUCCACUGCUGGACGAAAGCCUCAGCAUGUUUCUGCCAUUUGGCGUACUUUUCAUGCUGGGUAUUAGCCUACACCUUCCAUGCUGGCUUGGUGCGGGUUGGAAGGGGUAUUUUAUAUCAGAGAUCCUUCUCCUAGACUAAUUGCCUUACUGGGCUGUUGAACUUAGUCUGUCCAAUGUAUAAAUGUAUACUCCUAAUUACGACAUUUUUUGUUUUGUUUUGUUUUGUUUCCCGCCUUCUUCUCCCCGUGUUUUCGUCCGAUCGGAACCAUUCAAGUGUCCCAAAAUCAAACAUGUUUACCGGAUUACAUGGGAUUACCAGGAAUUUCCCCGUUGAAAAUGAAUGGGAAAUGUAAAAACAUUUACACAUCCCACUUAUCGCGACGGAUUUGAACGGUUGCAAGGUCAAAAUGCUCC